AGUUAAGACCUAGACCAAUUUAUAAAAGGAUAUUUAAACUCAAAUAAAAUUAUCAAACGUUGCUUCACCCUUAAGGCAGCAACAUCCAGUGCUGGCAUUUUAACCAAACUUCAAUAUGCAUUCGCAUUUGUACUGGAUAACUAAGCUAAGUUGGCUGCUGCUUUUCAUGCUGGUUUCUUUGCAACGCUCCACACAAGGAAUCCCUUCUUUUUCGCCCAAUGAGUGUGAGCCGGGCAAUUCAGUAGAUCCCAGGGAGUGUGCGCAUGGCGCAUUCGACUUAAAUAUAAACCGCACAGUUUGCGAACCGCGCAUGGUUUGUUAUAGGAAUAUAGKCGAGCCUUGCCAUGAGCUUGGCGCUAGCAGCAAUUGCUUGCCAUCUCUGGUUUGUAAUUGUUUUAAGUGUAGUGAAGUGCUGAAUGACUUAUGCCACACAAAAAUGCCACCGAUAUUGAAUAUGUCAAAGCGAAUGAGGCCGGUUUCAACCGAAUACAACUAUUAAGAUGUCGUUGGAUGCUGGAGCACUAACAAGUUUUUUUUUUUUAAACGGACGAA